AUGGCCAACGACGAAUACGACUUUCUCUUCAAAGUGGUGCUGAUUGGAGACUCGGGCGUCGGAAAGUCCAACCUGUUGAGUCGGUUCACCCGGAACGAGUUCAACCUAGACUCCAAGUCCACCAUCGGUGUCGAGUUCGCUACCCGGUCCAUUCAGGUCGACUCCAAGACGAUCAAGGCACAGAUUUGGGAUACUGCCGGCCAGGAGAGAUAUCGCGCCAUCACCUCUGCGUACUACAGAGGUGCCGUUGGUGCUCUGCUUGUCUACGACAUCAGCAAGCACCAGACGUACGAGAACGUCACAAGAUGGCUUAAGGAGCUUCGAGACCACGCUGAUGCCAACAUCGUCAUCAUGCUGGUUGGAAACAAGAGCGAUUUGCGGCACCUGCGAGCCGUGCCCACGGAGGAGGCCAAAGCGUUUGCCAGCGAGAACCACCUGUCGUUCAUAGAAACUUCGGCUCUCGAUGCCAGCAACGUCGAGCUCGCCUUCCAAAACAUCUUGACUGAAAUCUACCGAAUCGUGUCCAGCAAGGCACUAGACAGCGGCGAGGGAGCCCAAGCCCCGAUGGCAGGCACCAACAUUUCACUGAGCAAGUCCCCCGACGAUGGCGCGAAGCAGGGUGGGAAGUGCUGUUGA